AUGGCAGAAGUACCAGAUGAAACCAUACAACAGUUUAUGGCAUUGACCAACGUUUCGCACAACAUAGCCGUACAAUACCUCUCAGAAUUUGAAGAUUUGAAUGAGGCGCUCAAUUCGUUUUAUGCUUCUCAGGUAGAUGAUCAGAAUGACAGAAGGGAAGAAGCACAUCGGAAGGGUCAGCAAGAGAAAGAGUCCAAGGAGGAGACUCUAUCUUCUUUUGAAUCUUUGAGGAAAGCUGUGGGUACGGAGAAUGUUGGUGGGUCCAGUUCCAGAUUAGGGUCCUCCCAGGGUAGUAAUGAGCAUUUGAAGAAAAAAAGCUCUACUUCCCCUGAACCAGCCAAAAACACAAGCCGCUCAGGGAGUGGCAAUAACUCCAGGUUUAUGAGCUUUUCCGAUAUGGUAAGAGGACAAGCAGAUGAUGACGAUGAAGACCAUCCAAGAAACACUUUUGCUGGUGGUGAAACAUCCGGUUUAGAAGUAACUGAUCCUUCGGACCCAAAUUCGCUGUUGAAAGACUUAUUAGAAAAGGCCAGAAGAGGAGGACAAAGCGAUCUUGAAAACGAAUCGCGUGACGAAAAUGACGAGGAGCAUGAGGAUGACCCCAACCGCUUCUCUGGAAGAGGUUUUAGAUUGGGUUCAACAGCUGAUGCUCCUGACCAAGUGGUAGAAACUAGUGCUCCACAACCACAACGUACAAAGCCUCAGAAGGUUACAAGAGAAAUCACAUUUUGGAAGGAAGGGUUCCAAGUGGCCGAUGGCCCGCUUUACCGUUAUGACGACCCGGCAAAUAGUUUUUACUUGAGCGAGUUAAACCAAGGGAGAGCGCCAUUGAAGCUACUGGACGUGGAAUUUGGACAAGAAGUGGAAGUUAAUGUGUAUAAAAAACUGGAUGAACCAUACAAGACCCCCAAGAGGAAACUGGGCGGCUUUUCAGGCCAAGGUCAAAGACUAGGAUCGCCUAUUCCAGGCGAGUCAUUGUCACCGGUGGAAGUCGCAAAGGAUGAAGCUCCAAUUGUUGAGGAAGAAUCCGAACCUAAAGAAGAGCCAAAGAAGGGGGAUACCUCCGUUCAAAUYAGAUACGCAAACGGUAAGAGAGAAGUCUUGCGUUGUAACUCCACAGACACUGUAAACUCUUUAUACGAUCAUGUCUCAUCAAAUGCAAAUACUGACGCGUCGAGAAAUUUUACUUUAAAUCAUGCGUUCCCUGUUAAACCAAUUAAUAACGAUGACACCACAUUAAAGGACGCCGAUCUGCUCAACUCAGUGGUCGUUCAAAGAUGGACAUGA